CCCAAUUUCCCAUUCUUUUGUCGCUGUCACCGCACACCAGACCAUCAAUUCCAUUCCCAUUUUCCUUUUCUGCCGAGAACCACCAAAGUCCACACCCACUUUAUAUAUUUUUUUUCUCCUCUCACUCCACCACCAAGCUCCAUCAAUUUCGGUAAAUUUAACACGAGUAGAUCAUCACCAUGUUGCAACAAGUAGUUGUUCUGGCGGUUCUUGUUAACAUUGUUUCAUCAACCUCCAUUAUCAACACCCUACCGGACUUCUCCGGUGACCUCCCCUUCAAACUCAAAACGAGCUCCAUGCAUUUGAAGUAUCCCUCAACCAUGGACAGCAAAAUGUUGGGAUUUGGAGGAAGGAAUAAUGAGACAGAUAGGCUGGCACUGCUUGCUAUUAAAGCUGAAAUACGGCAAGAUCCGAACGGGAUCAUGAGCUCCUGGAAUGACUCCAUUCACUUUUGCUUAUGGCAUGGUGUCGCCUGCAGUCAACGCCAUCUUCAGAGGGUAAUUAUACUGGACCUAAACUCCCUAGAGUUGGCCGGGACCAUAUCCCCACAAGUAGGAAAUCUAAGCUUCUUACAGAAUCUGGUUCUCUAUAAUAAUAGCUUUACUCAUGAAAUCCCUCCUGAAAUCGGACACCUGCGUAGAUUACGGGAACUGCGCCUAGACAACAACUCACUUACUGGCCCUAUUCCUUCCACCAUAUACUCCUGCUUCAACCUUAUCGAUCUCAUUGUCGGUAACAACAUGUUGAUUGGUGAAAUAUCUUCACAAAUCGGCUCUUUGCCCAAGCUUCAGCUACUUGUUUUGCAAUGGAAUAAUUUUACGGGAGAGAUACCUCCUACCUUGGGGAACCUUUCGUCUCUCGAGGUAUUUUCAGUUGUUGUCAAUAACUUUGUAGGAAGCAUUCCGAGUUCAGUCGGCCAAUUGAAAAAAUUGAGAAUGUUUUCAGUCGAUGCAAAUAGGUUGUCUGGCACCGUCCCUCCUUCCAUCUAUAACAUUUCUUCUCUUGAAAUUCUUUCGCUAGUGCAAAACAAAAUUCAAGGAAGUAUUCCCACAGACAUGGGGAAGACUCUUCCUAAUCUUAAGGUGUUCAGCCUUUUUGAGAACCAAUUUACUGGACCUAUCCCUCCGUCAAUUUCUAAUGCCACAAAUCUGGUGCAGUUUAAUAUUGCAAUUAACAGUCUAACAGGGCAGGUGCCGAAUUUGCAUAAACUUCAUAACCUGGGGGAUUUCAUUAUCUCAGUUAAUCAUCUUGGGAGAGGUAAGAAUGGUGACUUGAGUUUUCUUUCAGAGUUGACCAAUGCCACAGAUUUAAGGAGAUUAAUUAUAGGCGGUAACAGUUUUGGUGGGACGUUGCCCACAUCAAUAUCUAAUCUCUCAACCACGCUUCAAUUUUUGUGGGUCAACAUGAAUCAACUUCAUGGAAGCAUCCCAGCUGGGAUACAAAAUUUAGUCAACUUGGAGAUGUUGAUCUUGGAUGAUAACACUUUCACAGGUAACAUCCCAACUGAGAUCGGAAAGCUUUCACGGCUUGGGAGAUUGGAUCUUUUCAACAAUGAACUAUCAGGGGGCAUUCCGUCUUCUGUUGGAAAUUUAACUAAGUUAAUCAUUGUCCAACUGGAAGGAAAUAAUCUCAGUGGAAGCAUCCCUUCCAGCCUAGGGGAAUGCCAGUGGUUGCAGCAUCUGGAUCUUUCUUAUAACAACCUUAGUGGCUCAAUACCCCAAGAAGUUAUCGGCCUCCCUUCCUUGUCAAUUUUACUGGACUUGUCUAAUAACCGCUUUACUGGUUCCCUCCCUGUAGAGGUCGGAAAGAUGAAGAGUCUGAGUGCAUUGUAUGCUCAUGAUAACAUGUUGUCCGGAGAACUUCCCAGUAGCCUUGGUAGUUGUGUUAGUUUAGAAGUCCUGCACUUGCAAGGAAACUUCCUUGAGGGGCCUGUUCCUCCAUCUAUCAUCUCAUUGAGAGGGAUUAAAGAUUUAGACCUUUCUCGUAACAAUUUAUCAGGAGAUAUUCCAGAGUUCUUAGAGGUCUUUGGCAACUUGAAGAAUCUAAACCUGUCUUUCAAUAACUUUUGGGGAGCUGUACCAACUGUAGGUGUUUUCCAAAAUGCAAGUGCGAUUUCAGUAGUUGGAAACACCAAGCUUUGUGGUGGUAUUGCCAAUCUCCAGCUGCCCAAAUGCAAAUCUAGGGAGUCCAAGAAACGAGGAUUGUCCCGUAGCUUGAAGUUAAUAAUAUCUUUAGUAUCUGGGUUUGCUCUUCUUGGAAUAGCUGUGCUGCUCUUUUGUCUAUUUCAUUCUAAAAAUAGAAAGAAAAGCAAAGCAACUGUACUAAGCUCUUUGGCGGACUCACUUCUGCAAGUGUCAUAUAAUACUCUUUUGAAAGCUACUGAUGGGUUUUCUUCAACUACUUUGGUUGGCAUGGGAAGUUUUGGAUCUGUGUACAAAGGGGUUUUGGAGGAUGGUACAAUUGUUGCUGUGAAGGUGAUCAACAUGUUACGCGGUGGAGCUUCGAAGAGUUUCAUAGCCGAAUGUGAGGCAUUGAGAAAUAUAAGGCACCGAAACCUCGCUAAGAUUAUAACUGCAUGCUCGAGUGUGGAUUUUCACGGUAAUGAUUUCAAGGCUCUAGUUUAUGAGUUCAUGGAAGAGGGGAGCUUAGAGGAGUGGUUGCAUCCAACUAAUGCAACACCCCAGGAAAGAGAUACACCCAAGAAUUUAAGUGUUGGUCAGAGGUUAAACAUCGCCAUUGAUGUUGCUUGUGCACUGGAUUAUCUUCAUAAUCACUGUGAAACACCAAUUGUUCAUUGUGAUCUCAAGCCAAGCAAUGUUCUUUUGGACAGAGAUUUGACUGGGCAUGUGUCUGACUUUGGACUAGCUAGAUUUCUGUUGAAUCCAACUGGUAAUGAAUCAGAAAAUCACUCAAGUUCGAUUGGAAUAAGAGGAUCUGUUGGUUAUGCAGCUCCAGAGUAUGGUAUGGGAAGUGAGGUCUCAACGUAUGGGGAUGUGUACAGUUUUGGCAUUCUUUUGUUAGAAAUGUUCACCGAGAAGAGACCUACUGACCAUAUGUUCAGUGACGGCUUGAACCUUCAUAAUUUUUUGAAGAUGGCUUUACCUGCGAGAGUUACAGAAAUUGCGAAUUCACUAUUUCAUUCAGGAGGCACCAAUGACACUUCAGACCAAAAAAUAGAGGAGUGCUUGAGCUUGAUACUUGGAAUUGGAAUUGCGUGUUCCACCGAGUUCCCUAGAGACCGGAUGGACAUCAGUGAUGUUGCAUCGAAAUUGCAUACCAUUAGGGACACUCUUCUCGGGUAGACUUUUGCUACCAUUUUUCAUGUUGGUCACCAAGCUUCAAUGGUUUCUUGUUCUGUUUCAUUGUUGUUGUGCUUGCUCGUAAAUUAGUCUUGUUUCCCAUAAUGAAUUAACCAAUCAAUGAUAAAGCAUUGAUCAAAUUAGUUAUGUCA